AUGAAAUUCAAUUAAAUAAGACUGCCAUAUAAAAGGCUUUUAACAAAUAUGAUAUACCACUUCCUUUUUCGGUUGAUGAUAAAUCUAAAGCAACUUUAGUUGAUUACUUAAAUAGCAAUAUUUAUAUAAAUGAUAAGUUUGAUAAAAAUUUAUAUCUAAGAAAUAUUUUAUUUGAUAAUUGUGAAUUUAUUCAUACUUUUAUUCAGAAUCUAGUUAUCAAUAACCAAUAUUUCUAUAAAUAUAAUCAAAUAGUAGAAGAUAAAACACUCAAUGAUGAUUAGAAGCUUAAUGAAAUUAUCAAAAUUAAAAAAUAAGUACAAUUAUCUAAAAAUCUAGAUUUUGAUAAUGUGA